AUGGACGAAAAAAUGGACAAAAUGAAUGACAAAUACAAAGAGAGGCUGAGUAAAAUGGACGACAACGCUAAGAAAAGACCUGAAGACGCGUUGAGAAAAGAGAUGAACUCGAACGCGCCUAGAGUGGCUGUAGUUAAUCAACUCUCCAGACGGUUGCUGCACGUCGAGCAUCUCAACUGGGAACUCGCCAAGGAGGAGCCGGAAUUUGCAACCUCAAUCUCGCCCAAGAUUGAGGAACUUCCCGAUCAGUUCGAUGUUCUGGAACAAACCACCAAGGAGWAGGGUGAACGACUGUUUGACGCUAAUCGCGAAGUACUGAUUCACCAGACCUGCGACGACAUCGACUCAUGGAUGAACGAUCUCGAGAAACAAAUCAAAAGCGACUACACGGGGUCGGAUUUGGCCCCUGAGAAUAUUUUGAUGCAAAAGCGGCAAAUGAUCGAAACGCAAACGGCCGUCAAGGCGCGCCAAGUCGAUGAGCUGGACAAGCAAACUAAACAUCUGGAAACGGCCGCACCCGACAAGGACAUCAACGAAAUCAAGGUGAAAAGGGGCAAAGUGGAGGAGCGCUUCCAGCUCAUCAAGCAGCCCCUCAUCGGAAGACAGCGACUGCUGGGGAAGAAGAUGGAAGCCCGCCAGUUCCGACGGGAUAUCGAGGACGAGCUUCUAUGGAUAGCCGGAAAAAUGUCCUUGGCAACUUCCACGGAAUACGACAACAAGCUGUCUCAGGUUAACAUGUUGCAGCAGAACAAGCAAUCGCAGCAAACUGAAGUGGAGAACCACGAGCCGCGCGUUAACACCGUGUGCUACAACGGGCAGAAGUUGAUCGAUGAGGCCCACGAAGAUGCGACAGAGUUCAGCCGGCUGGUCAAUGAGCUACACAAGGCGUGGCAGGAGUUGAAGGAAGCUAUCGGUAACAGACGAGCCAACUUCCUGAGGAACGAACGGGCCCAGCAGUAUCUGUUCGAUGCCAAUGAAGCCGAGAGCUGGAUGAGCGAGCAGGAGCUCUACAUGAUGGUGGCAGAUCGGGGCGAAGAUGAGACCAGCAUCAGGAACUUCAUGAAGAAGCACGAAACUCUGCAAGCGGCCAUUAAAGCUUAUGCGGACACCAUCAGAGGACUGGGUGAAACUGUAAAGGCCCUGUCGGGUGAAGGACAUCCUUUGGCCGAGCAAGUCGCUGUUAAACAGUCGCAACUGGACAAGCUAUAUGCCGGAUUGAAGGAUUUGGCGCAAGAACGAUGCGCUAAGCUGGAUGAGGCCUUGCAGCUCUUCCUGCUCAACAGAGUCGUUGGCGACUUGGAGCAGUGGAUAGCUCAUCGAGUGGUGGCCUCUUCUCAUGAAUUGGGCCGAGAUGCAGGUCCUGUUUCAACGCUGCAGCGCAAACAUCAGAACUUCAUGCAAGACCUACAGACGCUUCAGAACCAAGUGCAACAGAUCCAAGAGAAAUCGGUCAAGCUUCGAGCCAGCUAUGCGGGCGACCGAGCUAAAGAGAUCACAAAUAGAAAACAAGAACUCGUGUCUGCAUGGGCCAGUUUGCAAAUGGUUUGCGAGCAGCGCAGAGGAAAACUGGCUGAUACUGGCGAUCUGUUCAAGUUCUUCAACCUUGUGAGGACGCUGAUGCAAUGGAUGGACAACGUGGUGCGCCAAGUGAACGCCAGCGAAAAGCCGCGCGACGUCGGCGGCGUUGAACUCAAGGGAGGCACUUGGAGAACGAACCUAAAAGUGAACCAAGGAAUCAACCACAAGACACCAUGGUUCCGCCCAGAAGUCAAGGAUCAGUCCAAAGAAAAAAGAAAAGCUUACCUAAAAUAA